AAUCACUAAUAUAUAUAUGUCAAUUUGCAGGCGGAAUUCUCAAGAUUUGGGAAAAUUAUGGAUAUCCGUAUUAAUACUGCUAAAGGAAAAACUGGUCCUAAAGGUCAGGUCCCCAACUUUGGUUUCAUCACAUUCGAAGAGGAAGGUUCUGUGUCAAAGGCUCUCAACUCUAGGCCAAUCCAUCUUAAUGGUGAGCAUCGGUUGAAUGUUGAAGAGAAGAAGGCUCGCCUAAGGAUGGACGGAGGUGGUAUGGGCCGUCCUAACAGUGGCCGUGGAGGAAUGGGAGGCAGUGGUGGCAUGCGUCAAGGCCCCCCUAGUGGCUUACAGGGACGAGGUGGAGGACGACCUGGCUUUAAUCGUGACAGUAAUCGAGGCGGACCAGGCGGACCCAGAGGUAGUUUUGCACCGCGACGUUAGGCUAACCAAUUAUAGUCACCAUGGCCUACUCUCUUACUACUCAUAGGAAACCUCUGUCCAGUGCAGCCAAUCUUAUCAGAUGGCUGCAGUGUAAGUGGUCCAAACAUCUGCAAGAGGACUGCUCAAGUUAAAUCUGCAGUAGAGCCAUUGUACAACUUGAUGGAAUGGUGUGCUUCUCAGUGAAUGUUGCUGUUUUGAUAAUGUAACUCGACAAUGGCCACUUGAAAAUACUGGUGCUUGAGGUGAUGAUGAUGAAACUUCAGUGAUAUGGUAAACAAACUUCACAAUAACAUAAGUGGCUUCUUUUGUAAUUUAGUUACUCCCACUUCUCUAACUGUAUUAGAGUUAUCAGAUUGAUUUCCAUUUCGUGAACACAACAAUUUUUCCACUGAUGACGUGUACUUAGACAUAGUGCCUCCCCUGAUGUAGAUUGUGUUUCUAUGAGUAAAUAAAAGAACCCUCCUUUUUUGGAUGGUUGUGAUGGAAUUCAAUCUCUAAAUCUUGGACAACAAUUACUCUUUUAUUAUUUGGUAAUAAUAAAACAUGUUAUUGUGAUUACCAAAAUCAUUCCCUUUUUAACAGCUACUAGUCAGGAUUGAAACAAAGUUUUUUUUGUGCUUAUUUCAGUUUCAACAUCUAAAAGGUCCUUGAAAUUAUAUUGGAAAUAUAGAAGAAGUGGAUUAAAAUGGGUACUGCUUGAGGUCAUUGAUUUAUGUACUGGUAUUUGAUUCCAGUGAUGUUUUUGUAUGUUAGAAUUUUUUAACUUAUUUUUGAAACUUCAGCUGAGACUGAUGUACAUUUUGUACCUGGCAACAGAAGAUUGGUGAGGUUUAGUCCACUUUUUCCAGUGAUCAGCAUGCAGACACAGUAAUCCUCAGAGAUGUCUUAUCUGACUUGGCCCACAUCCAUGCUCACUGUUUUGACGUUACAUUUCCAGCACUGCUGUCAUACUGGGCAUUACACAUACAUAAAAUGUUAACUUGUUACAUGUAGUUCACAAGGCCAAGUACAGAUUAGCAUCUGCUAAUAGCUGAUUCCAUUUUUUUAUUUGAUGUGGGUGAAGUUGCCAAUAUCCGUUGAUAUUGACCACUUCACAUUAUCACAGAAGUACUUUAACUGGAGGAGCGAAGAGGAAACCAGUGUCCAAGGUCACAUUCUCGUCUAUUUUGUAGUAAAUCACUUUGAUCACUACUCAAAGAUUAUGCUUGAUUCAACCUCUUUCAUAUGUUGUAGUGUGCUAGUUUCUCCGAAUGGGAAAUGAAUAAUAGAAUGGAGCAUUUAUAUUUCACAAGUGUGAGUUGUAAACACCCCAAAGCAUUUCUAUAUUAAAAAAAAAGAAAAAAAACUGUGCGAAAGAGGGAAUAAAAUAGCCUUAUCACCACCAACACUGUUGCAACUACUUUCCCCAUGUUUGUUUCAUUCCAAGGGAUUAGAUAUGAAGGAUGUCUGAGCAUGCAAUAAUUUUCAGAACUGGUAAAAUGGAAUAUUGCUUUUUAUAUUAUCAUUGUAAGUUUUAGUAUUAAAUUUUUCAUUAUGGUAAACUAUGUACAAAUCAGUAUUACUUUUUUUUCUUUUCUUUUUUUUUCAUUAUGCACAGUUUGUUACUGGUUGUGUUACAAUGGAAGCUCUCACACCACAGUAUGAUGAGCAGAAAUGUGAUAUUAGUUUAGAUAGUGGGCAAGCAGACACGGGCAGAUCUGAAAGUCAUUGCAUGUCAGGAUAGCUUUUGAAACUGUCCUUUCAAAUUGUUAUAAAAGGGCAUUAGAUAAUUGCCCACACCUGGAGCUAGAUGAACCUCUGGGAAUUGUUACAGGGACAUCAGAAGAGAACUUAGCUCACAGGUCAUGUGAAGGGAUAUGCUGUAGUUGCAGACUUUAUGCAUUCUGUUCAGGAACUAUUGAAUUGGUAAAUUGAUUAUGGGUUACUGUUUUCCUUAAGCAUUAUGAAAAAUAAUUCAGAUUUAGUUUAAAAAGUCUAGACACCUCGAACUUCAGCUAUUCCAAAUCCCAUAGCUUACAUUAUCAUUGGAGCUCCUGGGAGCAUGGCUAGCAUGUGAUCAGUUUUAAUUUGAUUUAAAAGUUUUGAAAAAGGUUUGAAAAUUGCUUUUGCUUUAACUUCCUUUAAGGUCUGUUCUUGCAGCUCCUCCUGGUCAGAAACUUUGUGAUGUCAAAUACUGAUGAAUGAAAGUGAGAAAUAAAAGCCUCUUUUCA